AUCAGCAUCAACGUCAUCACAGGUCAGUCCCAUGUCCCCCUACACCAGUCUCUAUCAGCAUCAACGUCAUCACAGGUCAGUCCCCUGUCCCCCUACACCAGUCUCUAUCAGCAUCAACGUCAUCACAGGUCAGUCCCCUGUCCCCCUACACCAGUCUCUAUCAGCAUCAACGUCAUCACAGGUCAGUCCCCUGUCCCCCUACACCAGUCUCUAUCAGCAUCAACGUCAUCACAGGUCAGUCCCCUGUCCCCCUACACCAGUCUCUAUCAGCAUCAACGUCAUCACAGGUCAGUCCCCUGUCCCCCUACACCAGUCUCUAUCAGCAUCAACGUCAUCACAGGUCAGUCCCCUGUCCCCCUACACCAGUCUCUAUCAGCAUCAACGUCAUCACAGGUCAGUCCCCUGUCCCCCUACACCAGUCUCUAUCAGCAUCAACGUCAUCACAGGUCAGUCCCCUGUCCCCCAACACCAGUCUCUAUCAGCAUCAACGUCUUCACAGGUCAGUCCCCUGUCCCCCUACACCAGUCUCUAUCAGCAUCAACGUCUUCACAGGUCAGUCCCCUGUCCCCCUACACCAGUCUCUAUCAGCAUCAACGUCAUCACAGGUCAGUCCCAUGUCCCCCUACACCAGUCUCUAUUAGCAUCAACGUCAUCACAGGUCAGUCCCCUGUCCCCCUACACCAGUCUCUAUCAGCAUCAACGUCAUCACAGGUCAGUCCCCUGUCCCCCUACACCAGUCUCUAUCAGCAUCAACGUCAUCACAGGUCAGUCCCCUGUCCCCCUACACCAGUCUCUAUCAGCAUCAACGUCAUCAUAGGUCACUCCCCUGUCCCCCUACACCAGUCUCUAUCAGCAUCAACGUCAUCACAGGUCAGUCCCCUGUCCCCCUACACCAGUCUCUAUCAGCAUCAACGUCAUCACAGGUCAGUCCCCUGUCCCCCUACACCAGUCUCUAUCAGCAUCAACGUCAUCACAGGUCAGUCCCCUGUCCCCCAACACCAGUCUCUAUCAGCAUCAACGUCUUCACAGGUCAGUCCCCUGUCCCCCUACACCAGUCUCUAUCAGCAUCAACGUCUUCACAGGUCAGUCCCCUGUCCCCCUACACCAGUCUCU